CCCCUCACCCUUAACUGCCAAUCUUCCCCACACGCUCUUCGUGCACUCCGUCGUUUUUCAUUCCCUUUCAUCUCAUUUUUUCUUCUUCAACACUCUCAAAUGGCAUCCAUGGCUGGUUCAUCAAUCUCCAUGCAGCCUCGCCACACCCUGGCUACAACCAGGGUUUCUGGCUUGAAGUUGGUUUCAUUUAUGAACCAGGGAAGAAGCAGCCUCUCAUUUAAUUUGCGUCCAAUGCCUGCUCGCUUGCGGAUUUCCUGUGCUGCCAAACCAGAGACUGUGGAUAAGGUAUGUGCAAUAGUAAGGAAACAACUAGCUCUACCAAAUGACAAACCAGUCACUGGUGAUUCAAAAUUUGCUGACCUUGGAGCUGAUUCCCUUGAUACGGUUGAGAUUGUGAUGGGAAUUGAGGAAGAAUUUGGAAUUGCUGUGGAAGAGGACAAUGCCCAAAGCAUCACAACUGUUCAGGAUGCUGCAGAUCUUGUAGAGAAGCUCUGCAGCGAGAAAAGUGCCUAGAGAAUAGGACCUAAGUUGGAGAUUCAUUUGCCCAUGUUGAUGUCGCUUAAUAGCCUGCCAUCUCUUAGAGCGUUUGACAACCUUGUUGUGAACUCAAGUCUAUUUAUUUGUUCAAUCUAGGAAAACUCAUAAAGUUGUUGAGAUUUUUAGUUAAAUUGUGGAUUUGACUUUUUGUGUUCUAAGUCAAGGAAAUACUAUUCCAUCUGAUUGUGUCGCUUUUCUA